AGACACUGGAAAGCAGAGCCAAGAGAUGGAGACAGAAAAUGUCUUGAGGAAUAUAAAUAGUUGCUGGAAAGAACACUGACAGCUUGAAAGCAAAAUGAAGUUCUUUCUAUUGCUUUCAGCCAUUGGAUUCUGCUGGGCUCAGUAUGCCCCAAAUACCGAAUCUGGACGGACAUCUAUUGUCCAUCUGUUUGAGUGGCGCUGGGUUGAUAUUGCUCUUGAAUGUGAGCGAUACUUAGCUCCCAAAGGAUUUGGAGGGGUUCAGGUUUCCCCACCCAAUGAAAAUGCGGUAAUUAAUAACCCUUCAAGACCUUGGUGGGAAAGAUACCAACCAGUUAGCUACAAGUUAUGUACAAGAUCAGGAAAUGAGGAUGAAUUCAAAGACAUGGUGACUAGAUGUAACAACGUUGGUGUCCGUAUUUAUGUGGAUGCUAUAAUUAAUCAUAUGUGUGGAAAUGGUGUGGCUGAAGGAACGAGCAGUACUUGUGGGAGUUACUUCAACCCUGGAACUGAGGAUUUUCCAGCAGUCCCAUACUCUGGUUGGGAUUUUAAUGGCGGUAAAUGUAAAACUGGAAGUGGAGACAUUGAGAACUAUAAUGAUGCUUCUCAGGUCCGAGAUUGUCGUCUGGUUGGUCUUCUUGAUCUUGCACUGGAGAAAGAUUAUGUGCGCUGCACGAUUGCUGAAUAUCUGAACCGUCUCAUUGACAUUGGUGUAGCAGGGUUCAGAAUUGAUGCUUCUAAGCACAUGUGGCCUGGAGACAUGAAGGCAAUUUUGGAUAAACUGCAUAAUCUAAACACAAGAUGGUUCCCUGCAGGAAGUAAACCUUUCAUUUACCAGGAGGUAAUUGAUCUGGGUGGUGAGCCAAUUAAAAGCAGUGAGUACUUUGGAAAUGGCCGUGUGACAGAAUUUAAAUAUGGUGCAAAACUAGGCACAGUUCUGCGCAAGUGGAAUGGAGAGAAGAUGUCUUACUUAAAGAACUGGGGAGAAGGCUGGGGUUUCAUGCCUUCUGACAGAGCACUUGUCUUUGUUGAUAACCAUGACAAUCAGCGAGGGCAGGGAGCUGGGGGAGCAUCUAUUCUUACAUUCUGGGACACUAGACUGUACAAAAUGGGAGUUGGAUUUAUGCUCGCUCAUCCCUAUGGAUUUACACGAGUAAUGUCAAGCUACCGUUGGCCAAGACAUUUUGAAAAUGGACAAGAUGUUAAUGAUUGGAUUGGGCCACCAAAUAAUAAUGGAGUCAUUAAAGAAGUUACUAUUAAUCCAGAUACUACUUGUGGCAAUGACUGGGUCUGUGAACAUCGAUGGCGUCAAAUAAGGAACAUGGUUGUGUUCCGUAAUGUAGUUGAUGGCCAACCUUUAACAAACUGGUGGGAUAAUGGUAGCAACCAAGUAGCUUUUGGAAGAGGAAACAGAGGAUUCAUUGUCUUUAACAAUGAUGACUGGGCAUUAUUUUCAACUUUGCAAACUGGUCUUCCUGCUGGUACAUAUUGUGAUGUCAUUUCUGGAGAUAAAAUUGGUAACGAUUGUACAGGAAUUAAAAUCUAUGUUUCCGGCGAUGGCAAUGCUAAUUUUUCUAUUAGUAACUCUGCUGAAGAUCCAUUUAUUGUGAUUCAUGCUGAAUCUAAAUUAUAAAGUUUGAAUUAAAU